GGGCGAUUAGGACGUACACACAUUUCUUAUAAAUGACAAGGUGACGGUCUUUUGCGGUCUACGUUCAUUGACUACCGCUGGGUGCCAGAGAAGCUAAUUCCGGACCCUCCCGAAAACAUAACUAACCGGUUCUAGCCAUGUAUUCCUGUGCAAAGUUUGUCACUUCUCCUGCUGUGCUGCGUGGGGGGUCCAGAGUCCUUGCCCGGCCAGUCGCUGUCUCCGUUUUUAACAGACCCGAAGCUACAGUGGAGCAGCAGCAGGCCCUGUUGCCGAUAAGUCAGUCAGCAGUCCUGACCCGCGCUUUCCAGACCAGUGCGGUCUCUCGGGACAUCGACACUGCUGCAAAGUUCAUUGGUGCCGGUGCUGCCACAGUGGGAGUUGCUGGUUCUGGAGCUGGAAUUGGAACGGUUUUUGGUAGCCUCAUCAUUGGCUAUGCUAGGAACCCCUCCCUAAAGCAGCAACUUUUCUCCUACGCCAUCUUGGGCUUUGCUCUAUCUGAGGCUAUGGGUCUCUUCUGUCUGAUGGUGGCAUUCCUUAUCCUGUUUGCCAUGUAAAUCUGGAAACACUCAUACCUUCAGCGUCCUUUUACACCUCUCCCAUCGCUUCUCCAUCGAAGUUACCCUCCCUCCAUUCAACGGAGGGAGUGCGGAUGUUCCAGAACAGGAACUCUAAAAGCGCUGAUGGGCCAUUCCAAUCACCAGAAGUUAGAGUUGAGGCUGAAUCACCUCAGUAUACAUUUUUAUGUUCUGUACACAUAUUUCUUGAAGACCAUUUCAGUUGAAAAAUAUCUUAAAUAAAUGGUUGGAACAAACUU